AUGCCCGAAACUAAAGAAAUAAAUAAUCUUAACGUUAAUAAUAUUUUAGAAAUAUAUACGGACCUGUAUGUAAAUAUCCACAGACGUUGUUCGAUUACAAAAGAAAGAAAUUUUGAACAUGUAAGAGUUCAGAAUAAAAUUUUCCUAGCUAUAGUAAAAAAGUUCAAAUAG